AUGUUGCUUCCACAUCCUCUAGCAAACCUCAGUGUGGAGGAGACAAACAUCGCCUCAGAGGUGGUGAAGAAAUGCCACCCGGAUUCAAUACUCGACUUCCGGGUGAUUUACCUCCAAGAACCUCUCAAGGCCGAAUUGGUCAAGUUUCUAGAUCUUGAGCAUGCAGGUCAUGUUACCCCUGAGUCUCCAAGGCCUCCACGUCUGGCCCGCGUUCAUUAUGGUGUCAUUCGCAAAGAGCAGCAACCUGAAUCAGUUGAGGCUGUGGUUGACAUUGAGAAAAAGGAGCGAAUCUCCUAUGAAACAGUUCCGGAAGGCGUCCAUUAUAGUUUCACCAUGGAUGAACUCGUUUCCGUCGUGAAGGUUUGCGAGAGCUCGUCUCUACUGCAAGCCAAAAUUGCAGCCCUCGCACUUCCAGAGGGGUUCCAGGCUGUCAUUGAACCAUGGCCAUACGGUGGUCUUGACAAAGGAGACGAGGACCGGCGCUAUUUCCAAGCUCUUGUGUUCGCCAUGGAUAUGCGAAGUGGCAAUCCGGAUGCGAAUUUCUAUAGUUACCCGCUUCCUCUGAUUCCUGUGGUGGACUGGCUGAAAAAGGAAGUCAUCCGAGUGGAUGAGCUGUCCACAGGCGGUGAACACGACCCGUACAUUAGUACGGCGCCGACCUCCGGCGUUAUUGAUCAUUGCAAACCAUCAGACUACGUGCCAGAGAUGACCAUUUACGGCAUGCGGACUGACCUUCAACCGCUCAGUGUCAUCCAGCCUAAUGGUCCCAGCUUUUCGGUUGAAGACGAGAGUCUAGUCAAAUGGCAGAAGUGGAGGAUGCGCGUGAGCUUCAACCCGCGCGAGGGCGCCGUGCUACAUGACAUUCGGUAUGACGGGCGGCCUGUCCUAUAUCGCCUGUCCAUCAGUGAUAUGACAGUGCCUUAUGCUGAUCCUCGAGCCCCCUUCCAUCGAAAGCAGGCCUUUGACUUUGGCGAUGGAGGGGUUGGUCAUUGCGCCAACAAUCUCGAGCUCGGCUGCGACUGCUUAGGCGUUAUCAAGUACUUCGACGGAGUUGUCAACAAGCCAGAUGGAAAAGCCGAAGUAUCACGAAACGUCAUUUGUCUCCAUGAACAGGACAACGGUAUUAACUGGAAGCACACCAACUGGAGAACAGGCAGGGCCGUAGUCACCCGUCGCCGAGAACUUGUCGUACAGUACAUCCUCACCGUUGCGAACUAUGAGUAUAUUUUCAACUACAAGUUCGAUCAAGCUGGAGGUAUUGCAGUUGAAGUACGUGCGACGGGCAUCGUGUCUGCCGUGAAUAUCGACCCUGGCAAGACAGCACCGUGGGGAAAUGUUGUCUCACCGGGUGUUCUCGCUCAGAAUCACCAGCAUGUUUUCUGCGUGCGGAUUGAUCCAAGUAUUGAUGGGCAUGAGAAUACUGUCGUGCAGCAGGAGUCUCUGCCUCUUCCAUUCGACGCCAGGCAAAACCCGAAUGGCAAUGCCUACCGUGUCCAGGAGACACGCAUCACCACAUCCGGAGGGUUUGAUGCUGCGCCACAGAAUGCCAGGCUCUUCAAGAUCCAGAACUUGGACAAGUCGAAUCCCGUCAGUGGCAAGCCAGUGGGAUACAAAAUCGUGCCACCAGCGACGCAAUUACUCUUGGCGGACCCUAGAAGCCGACAGGCUCAGCGUGCCCUUUUCGGACAGCAUCACUUGUGGGUAACUAAGUAUAAAGAUGACGAGCUCUAUGCAGGUGGUCGGUACACCUUGCAGAGCAAAGUGGAAAAGGAGGGCGUUGCUGACGCGGCAGCUCGUUGUGACGACGUUCUCCAGAGCGACGUAGUCGUCUGGAGCGUAUUUGGGCUGACGCAUAAUCCACGAGUAGAGGAUUGGCCAGUGAUGCCCGUAGAGAUGAUCCAACUUCACAUCAAUCCUGUGGACUUCUUUACAGCUAAUCCGGCCAUUGAUGUACCCUCAAAUCGCGACAUCGCGUCCAAGCUUUGCAGCGGGCAGGACGUUAUUGAAAAUGAAGCGGUGGUUAAUGGCAUAGCCAGUUGUGGCACAAGUGCAGUGGAUAAGAAGGAGUCGUUGUGUAGUUCUGGUGACUGCGUUCUCAACCAGCGCAUAAAAUAA